AGGUUGGUUGCCCGGGGCUGAGCGCGAAUGAGCUGGACCGCAUGGUAAAGAAGUCCGAAGAGAGCUGGAGCUCUGCGAUACUCUUGUGCAGGUUCCACUUGCUAGUUGUUUGCAGUGGAAAAGGCCCUCAUCUGCAAUCCUGCACCGUCGCAGUCAGCUCACUCUGCCUGGUGCUUACGGGUCCUGCGGAACGACCAAUACCAACUUCCUGACAAAGCCUGACAAAUCCGGCAGCCUAUCCAUUCAUUUAUUGACAACCCCAGUGACCUUCAUCGUCAUCAUAUUUCACCUGUUUGGAAAGGCUUGCUCAAGCACUCUUCCAUUCUCUCCCCAUGACUCAACCCCACGGCCACUGCGACCCGGCCUUCAGCCGCAUCCAUGAUCUUUUCCAACAAUUCCUCACCUCCGAGGAAGAGCUCGGGGCAUCCAUAUGUGUCAACAUUGACGGCCAGAAUGUCAUCGACCUCUGGGGCGGCUACGCAGACACAGCCCGUACCAAGCUCUGGGAGAAGGACACCAUCACCGUCGUCUGGUCCGUCUCCAAAGUAAUCACCGCCAUCGCCACCCAACUCCUCAUCAGCCGGGGUCUCCUCAACCCGAACGAGAAAGUCUCCAAAUACUGGCCUGAAUUCGCCGCCAACUGCAAAGAAAACAUCCUCGUAUCCCACCUUCUCAGUCGCACCUCCGGCGUCUCCUCCUGGGAGCUCCCCAAUACCCUGGAGGACAUUUAUGACGUAAGAAAAUCGACCGACAAACUGGCGCAGCAGCCCCCCUGGUGGACUCCCGGGGAACAUUCUGGCUACCAUGUCACCAACUACGGUCACUUGCUGGGCGAGCUGGUGCUCCGCGUCAGUGGCAAGCCGCUGGAUGAAUUCAUUCGCGACGAGCUGGCCUGUCCCUUGGCUGCAGACUACCGACUAGGAUUGCCAGAGGAGAACUGGUCGCGGACGGCCGAGAUGGAGCCCCCACCACCGCAGGAUUUCAAAGGCCUAGACCCACAGAGCGUGGCCUACAAGAGCUUCAUCAGCAUUCCGAUGCCAGCCGAAGCACCCAUGACCCCUGCCUACCGGAAAGCCAAAUUUGGCGGGGGAAAUGGUUUUACCAACGCCCGGGCGCUAGCUCGCAUUGGCUCAGUUGUGGCUCGAGGGGGUACCGUGGAUGGGAAGCAAUACCUUACCCCUGAGACCGUUGAUCGCAUGUUCGAGGAGCAAAUCCGGGGUCAGGAUUUGGUAUUACUGCAGUACUUGCGCUUUGGGCUUGGGGUCGGGUUGCCGGUCCCGCAGACGCUUCCUUGGUUGCCCGACGGUCGCAUUGGAUUCUAGUGCGGCUGGGGUGGCUCGACUCUGAUUAUGGAUGUGGAGCGGCGGAUGACGAUUGCGUAUGCCAUGAACAAGAUGGCCCCGGGGACGCUGGGCUCGGACAGAACGGCGGCUUAUGUGCGGGCGAUUUAUGAGGCAGUUGAUCAAGUGCGGCCGUCUGCUCAGUGGAGUUGAGAGCUUCGUCACUCUGGGUGCAAGUGUAUUAUAACAGCCAUGGCGCAAUGUGCAAGGAUCAAUGAAAUUCACCACCG